UAAACAGGAUGAAUGUUUACCUUAGAAUAACUGACGUUAGCACUGUCUGAUUAUCACAUACCUUGUAUACGAGGUUUAAAUGGAAAAGAGAAGAAAGUGACCGCGUAAGUGUCCAUCAUUCUAGGAAAGGCCACGUGUCCAGGAAAUAAUCUGACGACCUGAAGCAUUGUUCUCGUUUGUACAAGACAACAAAUACUGGAAGCCAUGACUCUGAGGAAGUUCAGGAGCAGGUGGCCAAACUUCAUCUCCCUGGUCCUAGUAGCCCUCUUUCUCGCAACGGACGUCGAGGCCCGCCCAGCCAACAUGUCAGCCAACCGGGACAAGAAGCUGAACAGCAAAGAGGAAAAUGAAAUCCUUCCGCCAGACCACCUGAAUGGCGUGAAGCUGGAGAUGGACGGCCACCUCAACAAGGACUUCCACCAGGAAGUGUUCCUGGGGAAAGAUAUGGAAGAGUUUGAGGAGGAUUCGGAGCCCAGGAAGAACAGGAAGAAACUGAUAGAGAUUUUCAGCAAGGUGGACACCAAUGAGGACAGGAGCAUCAGUGCCAAAGAGAUGCAGCGCUGGAUCAUGCAGAAGACAGAGGAGCACUUCCAGCAAGCGGUCAAAGAGAACAAAGUUAGCUUCCAUGCCGUUGACCCAGACGGUGAUGGUCAUGUGACCUGGGAUGAAUAUCGGGUGAAGUUCUUGGCCAGCAAAGGGUUUGACGAGAAGGAGGUGGCCGAGAAGAUCAAGAGAAACGAGGAUCUGAAAGUGGAUGAGGAGACUCAGGAAGUGCUGGAGAGCCUGAAGGACCGCUGGUUCCAGGCGGACAGCCCCCCGGCGGACCAGGUGCUGAACGAGGAGGAGUUCCUGUCCUUCCUGCACCCGGAGCACAGCCGCGGCAUGCUCAAGUACAUGGUGAAGGAGAUCGUCCGCGAUCUGGAUCAAGACGGAAACAAGAAGUUGACCCUGUCCGAGUUCAUCUCCCUGCCGAUGGGCACGGCUGAGAACCAGGAAGCGCAGGACAUCGACGAUGACUGGGUACGGGAACGGAAGAAGGAGUUUGAGGAGGUCAUCGACGCCAACCACGACAGCAUCGUCACCAUGGAAGAGCUGGAGGAAUACAUGGACCCCAUGAAUGAGCACAACGCCCUGAACGAGGCCAAGCAGAUGAUCGCCGUGGCCGACGAGAACCAGAACCACACGCUGGAGCUGGAGGAGAUUCUCCGGUACAGCGAGUACUUCACCGGCAGCAAGCUGAUGGACUACGCCCGCAACGUGCACGAGGAGUUCUGAAGCGGCCUCUGCGCCCCGCGAACUGAACACAGGGUAGUCGCCCCUUCUCCUAACCGAAGGACUCUUCCGUUUUCAAAGCCACCCGGGUUUCCAUUCUCUCCGCCGGCUGGGUCCUUGUGGUUUAUCUUGUCGUCUUUCGCUUUGAUGCAAGGAGGAGUGGAUUUCGGUCUUCGUCCUUGCUCCUUUUGUGUUUUCAUAAUCUGCGCUAACGGCCCAGUGCAUCACCCUCCCAGUAGUCACGUGUGAAGAUUUACGUGGGUUCAUCCGUGAUAAAUGGUAUCUCUUGCUUCGAGACAUGGCCUUGAUCGUUUCCCGUUUCUGCGCACGAUAGUCAUGAUUGUACUGCACACGCUUUUGACAGUAAGAGUAAUUAAGGAGGUUGUUAUGUUGUAUUGACCUCACGAUCACUGACUUCGGCAUAUUUCUGAGACCUGCAGUGUUCUAUCUUGGGACCUAAUUGUGUGUUGACAUCAUGUGGAGAAGAAUAUAUUUGUCUUGGUUGUCUAGAAGGCAAAGGUCUGAGGUCACUUGAAGUCCAUGCCACCUUGGAACAUUGUUUGUGCUCAUUUUUUUUAGUUCGCUAACCCUUUAGUUGGUCAAAAGUUUUUUUUAAAAAUGAUCACAUUUAAUGAACCUGGUAUGAAAUGAAAAUACAUUAUGACAUAUGUUUAGAAAGUGGCUUCAUGGUGAAAGCACAAGAUUGUUGGAUGUGCCAUCUACAUUUCAAAAUGCUGCUGUGUAAUUCUGCUGGCAUUCGUCCUUCCCCAAAUGAGUACGGAUGCUUAUUUAUGAUUGUAAAUAUGUGUAGAUAUUGCUAACAGUGCUCCUUUCCAAUUGUCAAAAAGGUAUGAAAAUAUGUGGCGCUGCUGAAGUGUCUUCAGAUGUAUUAUCAAUUACAUGUUUUUAAUUUAAUCAUUAUUUUCUGAUGCUGGUCUCAGCCGCAUUGGUGUUCUUCAGCACAAUUUUUCCCAGAGUCCAUUUCUUUCACCGUAUUCACUCGUGUCAACUGGACGAGUUCUGGAAGCAACCGUCCCCUGGAUGCCUUUGAGCCGCGGUGAGGGUCUCUGGAUCAGAAAAAGAUGAAAACCGCUGGCCUAAUAUAUUCCACAUCCUACUUAUAAAUUAGCCACCAUGUAGUCCACUAACAUACCUAAUUUUAUACAUAGUACCAUCCUCUUAAUGUUUAAUGGAAGACAUUUCUUUGAGUAAAGCGCAAUUAGGUCCAGACCAACUAGUAUUGAAUUGAUUUAAACUUCUACUGUGAUUUUUGCAAUUUUGGGCCUCACUUAAUUGCACACGAGCUCUUUUCCAUUCUUAUCAGUGAACAGAUUUUAGCCCGUCACAUGCAAGACAUUUGUGGCAUAGCUGUCAUCAGUCCUUAUCUUUUGGGAGACAAGUAAUCCUUUCCUGUGUGCAAAUCUGAAUGACGGUCAAGCUGUGUGAACAAUUGAACAAUUAAAAUGAUACCCACAAACCCACUCACCAGAAUUUUUCAUAAUGCCCACAGCACCUGAAAAAACUCCUUACUUUUUAAAGAUUGGGCGCAGCGGUGCAGGUGAUUAACAGUCCCAGUCUUUAACAGAUUUAUUCAUACCACUGUGACUGCUCUAAAGAGAAGAUAAGAAAUGUAAAUAAUGAUUUCAGAUAAAUAUAUUUGCACAAAUCAAAGAGGUUUUGUUUGGCUCUCUUGAAAUUUGGUGCUGGAAUAUUACUGAUAUUGUCUGUCUGUAUAAUUCCGAUUCUGUAUAUUUUGAAUUAGUGUUUUUGAUUGCUCAGCUGCCUCAUCAUCCACUUGUUUGUUCUUUACAUAUUGAAUAAUGUAUAAUCAUUAACCAAAGUUCAUGGUCGAAAUUAGUAGGCUGAUGCCAAGAAAAUGGAGGACCGGCAAAAUGCAUUUUAGGUUACCUUAAUUUCAUUGUUCCUCUCCUGUGGAUAUAAAUAAAUAAUCAAGCCAAACAAAUGUAGUUUUUAUUUAAUUAUUUUUUUCUUUUGGUCAGACUGAAAUGGCUUAUGAUCUUAUCCCACCCUGAGAGCUGCAAUCUAAAUGUCAGCUUGGCUUGGCUUUUCUUGUAACUCUGACUAGCAGAUUGACAGUUAAACUGAAUCCAAAUGAUACUAAUUGGACUUUCCUGCUUUUUUUGAGGUGGUAGAAGCAUUGCUUUGUUAGUUUGAUUAAACUUAAGACACCAUCAUGUCUAAGGUAUUGUUUGAAGUCCAGGUGCAUUGGUCAUCUCUGUAUUUUAAUUUGCUCUGAAACCUUACUGAUUCGAGUGACAUUUGGAUUUAUAAUACACAAUUUUUGCUUUUUGGUUACACAGCCACCAUAUUAAUAUUAAUGGCUUAAUUUGAUUUUAAUUGGAUUUUAAGCUUAUUGCUAAUACUAUCUAUUUUAUUCAGUAAUGUGUUUCCCUUCAGAAUUAUAACGUAACAAAUGUCACUAUGAGCAAGAACUGUGGAUAGGAAGCAUUGUAAUUUUAUUUAAAAAUAAAAUUUAAAAGAAACAAA